AUGACAAGGUUUAAUAAGGAAAGACUUCUGAUCCCUGAUCUGCAUAUCACAACCACAGUCUCUGCUAUAAUAUAUGAUGUAAAAUGUGAGGCUUUUAAGAUGUCUUUGUCAAAGACACCUCCCAAGUCAAUAACCGACCUACUUGCCCGGGCUGAAAAAUGCAUCAACAUUGAAGAAACCAUGUUCCCAAGGAGAGAUGCAUCGCUAUUAAAGAAGCCUAAGCUUAAGAAGUUGUAUGAGUCUAACCAGCGUCCAGAUCCUUUUCGAAGCAAGCCAAGGCUGCGAGCUCCACCGAACACCCUUGAUAGGAGCAAGUACUGUGAUUUUCAUCGAGAUCAUGGGCACAUGACUGAAGGUUGCUUCAUCCUGAAGCAAGAAAUUGAAGCCCUCAUCAAGUGGGGAUUUCUGGGUACUUAUGUCAGCCAUGACAAGCAUCAGAGGAACAACCAAGGCAAUGACAAAGCUCUGGAAGAUCAGGGGAACAAACAGCUAACAACAGACACCAUUAAUAUCAUUAUCGGAGGGACGACCUCGGGAGGGACUCCAACAACGGGCGUAAGUAGUAGCGCCUUGGUUAUAUCAGAUAUAAUUGCUAAUUUUGAGGUGAGGAAAAUUCUGGUGAAUGAUGGAACUGCAACUAAUGUGCUGUUACAUGAGGCUUUCGUUCAGAUGGGUAUUUCACUUGAGCAGCUCAAGCCAGUCAAAACCCCCCUUCAGGUGUUCGAAGGUGGUGUCAUCAUUCCAAAAGGCAUUGUCAGGUUACCUUUCACCUUGGGAUUAGAAAGGAAGAUUAAGACAAUUGUCUCAACCUUUCACCUGGCAAUGAAAUUUCCUACAAGUAAUGGGGUCGGGGUAGUUCGAGGAAACCAAACAGUAGACAAACAAUGCUAUGUUACUAGAUUUUGGGAGAUCAAGGCUGAUAGCAUUCAACUCUCAAGCUUGACCUCGAGAAUCAUGGGAAACUUGCCCCAGUGGUCGUUAAGAACAAGCAAGUGGAUUGUCAUAUCUCUGACCUUGAAGAGGUCUUCGCUACACUGCGGAGGUACAAGAUAA